GUUUGAUGAGCUAUGAAAUUCGUUCAUUAACUAUUUUGGUUGAAUUAUGUUUUACAUGCGAAAGGGUGCUCAUUAGUUUUGAUGUGGUUGAAUGUGAAGAAAACGGGUAAGUUUAGAUGAUUUUCGAUGAAAAAUUGUUUCUUUUGUUCAUUUUUUAGGUGGAGAAGGCCGUUAUAUUUAGCUUCUUGAUGGUUUGGUAAUGGUGCGACGAAGUGCAUCUGGAUAAUUAAAGUUUUUCUCUAAUUUCCGUGUGUUGCUGACCUUUAAUGUCUGUUCUAGUUAUUUCUUGGUGCGAAUAGAUUCACAGCAGAACCUCAUUGAAUGUCUGUGGCCGCUGUGAAUGCCUGUUGCUGCUGGUAGAGAAGUGAUGGAUUUCUGUCUACGCUAGUUUGGUAGAGCUUUAACCGCAUUCGGAAACCUUUUCUUUGGGUUUCCAAAGAGGUAUUUGAGGUUUAGCUAUAAUGGGUACUAUGGGUUUCCGAGGUCUCGGAAACCCUUCUUCGGAAACCCUUAAAGGGUUUCCUAUAGUAACAAACUCGGAAACCCUCUAAGGGUUUUCGAUAAUACCUAUUUUUUUUAGAGUGUAAUGAUCCAUUGCCACCCGGAUCACUUCAAUCUUCGAAUCGACCACAUAUAUUUAUGUCACAAAUUCGUACUAUUCCACUCGAAUCAAAUAAUGUUACUGUUACAAAAGGUUUUGCAGCUAAAUCAUCAGAUCCUGAAAGUCAGUCAGUAAGUAUAACUGUUUCUCGUAGUGAAAAUCUUGUUAUGCGUCGUGGUAAUGAACUUCUCGAGUUCGAAGAUAAUAUUCAUAUGCUAUUUUUUCCUGAAAUAACCAUCGAACGAAAUCCAAUCGAUAGUACUAUUCUCAUUCUAUCGUGGACAAUAGGUGUGACUGUUCAAAUAAAACUAGUUGAAAUGGUAUCACCAUCGGCAGCACUCGUACUCAAUGUAGCGGCUUCUGUAACUGAUGCGUUUCGUGGACGAACAUAUGGUCUAUUGGGUACUUAUGAUGGUGAACCCACUAAUGAUCUACGAGCUCAGAAUGGAAUAGUAGUGAAUUCUAAUGCUUUGGCCGAAGAGAUUCAUCGGCAAUUUGGUGUUACUUGGGCUAUUCAUACCGAUACUUCUUUAUUUUACUAUGAGUCAGGUCAAUCAGCUGAAUUUUUCGAAAACCAAAAUAGAUUAUUUGUUCCAUCUUUUACCGAACCUAUCAAUACAGCAGUGGAAGAUGAAUCUAUUCGACGUACAUGUAAAAUUGCUUCGGAUUCUGCAUCAUCUUCAUGGAAUGCUGCUCAACGAACAUGUUACUAUGAUAUGUCAAUAACACGAGAUGAAACAUUUGCACAAACAUCUUUUGAUGCUGGUGAUGAAAUUUUAUCGAUCAAAGCUGAUCUAAUAAAUCCACCUCUCUUUAAUAUUGAACUUCCUGUUUCCAUGAAAGCGAAACACGGUGAGCGAAUUCGUCUGACAAUAGACGCUACAAGUAAUUAUUCCACGAGUGUUAUCGUUCUGUCCGCUGACCAUCUGCCUAAUGGUGCUACAUUUAACAUACAAACAAAGGUAUUCGAGUGGACAGCUAUUGAAGGUGAAGAUUAUGUUCGAAUUCGAGCGAAGGAUUCAACAUACAACUUAACAUCAACACAUGAAAUUGUCUUUCAAGUAGAACUCGCCGAUGAAAGUAGUGCCAUUCGGUCUGAAAUACAAAGUUCGCUAUUUUCCCUUGCUAUACUGUUUUAUAUGCUUUUUAAAUAA